GGAAAAAGAAAGUUUAUCAGACUAUGUGCAAAGCAAGAAUCACUUGGAUCUGUGGGGCUUUUAUGUCUGACUUGCUUUUUUGGUACUGAGGAUUGAACUCAGAGGCGCUUUACCAUUAAAUCACAUCCCUAACCCAUUUUAUUUUUUAUUUUGAAUAAGCAUGUCACUAAGUUACUUAGGGCCUCACUGAUUUGCUGAGACUGGCCUCAAACUUUCGAUCCUCCUGCCUCAGCCUCCAGAAUUGCUGGCAUUACAGGCAUGCGCCACUGUGCCCAGCUCUGACUUUUUUUCACUGCUCAGAGAGUCUUGAGCAAGUCAGUGAUGAUGUGACUUGCAAGGACCUGAGUUGUGGAGUCAGACAGAUGGGGGUUAAUCUUGGCUUUCCCACCAACCUUGGACUGGGCACUUGACCUAAUCACUCCUCAGUUUCCUUAUCUGUAAAAUGUGUGAGUGUGGGUAUGGGGGUGAACAACGUCUCAGGACUCCCACGGGCCCUGGAAGUCCUGGCCUGGUGGAGGAUUCGUGUUGGCUUUUCCCCACGGCUGACAAACACUCCUCUUUGAUCCCAGACACCGCAGUGAUCAGCCCUCAGGACCCCACGCUCCUCAUCGGCUCCUCCCUGCAAGCCACGUGCUCGCUGCACGGGGACCCUCCUGGGACCACGGUCGAGGGUCUCUACUGGACCCUCAACGGGCGUCGCCUGCCCCCUGAGCUCUCCCGGGUGCUUAAUGCCUCCACCCUGGCCCUUGUUCUGGCCAACCUCAACGGGUCCAGACAGCAGUCUGGGGACAACCUUGUGUGCCACGCCCACGACGGCAGCAUCCUAGCUGGCUCCUGCCUCUAUGUUGGCUUGCCCCCAGAGAAGCCCUUCAACAUCAGCUGCUGGUCCAAGAACAUGAAGGACCUCACGUGCCGCUGGACUCCAGGGGCCCACGGGGAAACUUUCCUUCACACCAACUACUCCCUCAAGUACAAGCUGAGGUGGUACGGGCAGGACAACACGUGUGAGGAGUACCACACAGUGGGCCCUCACUCCUGCCACAUCCCCAAGGACCUGGCUCUCUUUACACCCUAUGAGAUCUGGGUGGAGGCCACCAAUCGCCUGGGCUCAGCGCGCUCUGAUGUGCUCACGCUGGACAUCCUGGACGUGGUGACCACGGACCCCCCACCCGACGUGCAUGUGAGCCGAGUUGGGGGCCUGGAGGACCAGCUGAGUGUGCGCUGGGUCUCACCGCCAGCUCUCAAGGAUUUUCUCUUCCAAGCCAAGUACCAGAUCCGCUACCGCGUGGAGGACAGCGUGGACUGGAAGGUGGUAGAUGAUGUGAGCAAUCAGACCUCGUGCCGCCUGGCGGGGCUGAAGCCAGGCACCGUGUACUUCGUGCAAGUGCGCUGCAACCCCUUUGGCAUCUAUGGCUCCAAGAAGGCGGGGAUAUGGAGUGAAUGGAGCCACCCCACAGCCGCCUCCACUCCCCGCAGCGAGCGCCCGGGCCCCGGCGGCGGCGCGUGCGAGCCGCGGGGUGGCGAGCCGAGCUCGGGGCCGGUGCGGCGCGAGCUCAAGCAGUUCCUGGGUUGGCUCAAGAAGCACGCGUACUGCUCGAACCUUAGCUUCCGCCUCUACGACCAGUGGCGAGCCUGGAUGCAGAAGUCGCACAAGACCCGCAACCAGCACAGGACGAGGGGAUCCUGCCCUCGGGCAGACGGGGCGCGGCGAGAGGUCCUGCCAGAUAAACUCUAGGGAUGGGGCUACCUUCCUGGCUAAGUGGAGACUCAGAGGCUGAACUCAAACUGGGGCCACCUUUGUACUCUCACCUUAGGGCACCUGAGCACCAUCAGCAGGAGCUGGGGCAGGUGCUCUGAGCUCCGACAGCUCUGGCCCCCACGUCAGGCCACCCUUGGGUGCACCUCCGGUGUUAUGUUGGGACAUGAGCUGGUUGAGCUACCCAGAACCCCUACAGGGCUGGGAGUAAAGAGAAGUCAUUACUUUGCCCCCCAGUAACCCUCCAAAAGAAUAUUUUAAAAUAAAUGAGCUAUUUAGGUGC